GGUAAUGCACCUUGAAGUUGUUUGCCAACCGCCAUAAAAAUCAAGAAGAAGAAGAAGAAGAAGAAGAAGACCUCCCUCAUUGGGUAGGGAAAUACGUGGGCGGUGUAAAGCACUAUUUGAAUUCGUGCAUGAAAGAAGACUUUCAAACUACGAUAUUAAAUUCUGUCUAGUGCUGUUGAUCUGAUAUUGUAUGGUCAUGCGGCACAAUAAAUCGGCACACAAGCGAAAGCCAUCGACCCCCAGACGCAGAUCUCCCCCUGCACCACCUUUAACAGCCAGAACCCGCCGGACCAGCGGACCCUCCGAAGCAUCCCCACGGAAGAAACACAGGUUUCGCCCUGGCACACGCGCGCUUAUGGAGAUACGCAAAUAUCAGAAGUCUACUGAUCUGUUGCUGCGCAAGGCCCCAUUUUCGCGACUGGUGCGAGAAGUGUGUCAGACAUUUAGUCGAGAGCACAUGAUGUGGCAAGGAUAUGCUCUAAUGGCUUUACAGGAGGCUUUGCAAACAGACUUUUAUGAUAUGGACUCGACAGUAAUGCAGCAACAUGUAAGUAACUGAGUUAUUCCUACUGUU